AUGGCCGAGACGAAACAAACAGCGAGGAGGAGUACCGGCGGCAAGGCUCCAAGGAAACGGAUUGCGCUGCACGCUGCACGCCAAACGUGUGUCGGUAGAGAAAUGAUGAUGUUCGAACUCUCGUCGAGUCCGAACAUUGAGAAGGGCAUGCGGACCCCCGCUUCUCCAGUUGAUAGUGCCAACUUGCACAUCUGGUUAAGAGGGCGUAGCCGUCGCUAUAGCGUCACGGCUCAGGAGUUUGUACAACUUCUCGGUCAUCACAUCAAGGACUACUUAGUCCGAAGGCCGAAUGUUGAGGUUACCUGUGAAGAUGCGUACUGGCUCGGCCUACCCGAGUCCGUCGGGGAUGGUAAUCGAUAUCGAACCUUCAGUGAAAACGAAUGGGACAUAUAA